GUUAGACUUAGCCCUAAAAAAGAGAGAACCUUUUUUGAAAGGAAAAGGAAACCAUAUCUUUCAAAGGGGGGAGAAUAUUGUUAGAGAUUACACAACAACUCUCCUUUAUAUAAUAAACCUAAUCACAUUUCUACAUUAUUGUUUCUUUAUUACCAUAAUACCAUUCCUUAAUUUCACAACAUUAUUGAAUCUUCAUCAACCUCUGACCCUAACUUUUCUCCCUCAAGAAAAAAUAGAAAAUGAAUGACAAUGAAACAGGAUGCCAAUCCCCGGACCGCCCAAUUCUCUGUGUCAACAAUUGUGGGUUCUUCGGACGUGCAGCAACCAGGAAUAUGUGUUCAAAAUGCUACCGGGAGACGGUUCUCAAGGAGGAACAAGAAAGGCUUGCAGUCUCGUCCUUCGAUAACAUUGUGAAUGGGACUUCCACCAACGGCAAAGAAGCAGUUGUUGCUGCUGCUGUUUCUAUCGAUUUAAAGUCAGAAAAAGUAUCGACAAAAGACGUAAAUGUUCAAGUAUCAACUGAUUCAAGCCUCGGACAGCCUUCCGAGCCAAAGAAAUCAGGUCCUAAUAGAUGUUUGACUUGUCGUAAACGUGUGGGUUUGACUGGUUUCAGCUGCAGGUGUGGAAAUCUGUUCUGUGCUGCUCACCGAUACUCUGACAAGCAUGAUUGUCAAUUCGAUUACCAGGCUGCUGCUCAAAGUGCCAUAGCCAAAGCCAAUCCUGUCAUCAAGGCAGAGAAGCUUGAUAAGAUCUAAAAUGGUUAUCGCAUAUUAUGAAAGUUUCUAUGUUCUCUGAUGUGUCUUGGUUUCGGGUUUGCUGCUUCCCUUGUUUGCAAUUUAUGUCAUAAAUUUACAAGGUUUUAUAAGCAAGGGCAGUCGGUCCGGUGCACUAGCCCUGUUGUUCAGGGUCGGGUAACUGGCUACCUUUGCACCGGAUUCACCGGAUCGUAAAUAGUUUUUAAAAUUUUAUAGUUGGCGUUUAUAAUCAACUUUUAUAAUAAAUUUAAUUGAAAUUCAACUCUAUCAAACAUUAAUUUUGUGUUUGACACUUAAACAUAUGAAGUUUGAGAGAUACUUCAAUGGGGAAAA